CUUCAGUUCACCGCGUGCCUUACCAUAGAUUACCUAAACAAACCGUCAAAAUUUCCGCUUUUUUAAGACGUGCAUGUGUCGGUGACCAGUGAUUUGUGCAGGACCAUCAAGGAUAAUUUUCAUGAAAUAUUCUAUUACAUAAAAAUAUAGAUUUCAGACCACAAUGGAAAGGUAUCACAUAUUUAAAUUAGGUCUUGCCAUACUCUUUUAUGCAACGUAUUGUAUUGGACUUAUGAAUGGACAAGAAAUCAUUGACAAUAUACCCAGUAAUAGCUCCGAUCCAGAUGAUUUUUUAUCCUAUUAUCAAGGUGUCGAGGGUAGGCCAGGUGUUGAUUUUCCAAUACUAUCUCAUAUUCCAAGGACUAACUUUAAUUGUCGAGAAGUAGAUUCUGGUUACUAUGCAGAUCUAGAAACUGACUGCCAGGUUUUUCAUAUAUGCGAAGACGGCAAGAAAAUCUCAUUCCUAUGUCCAAAUGGAACAAUUUUUCAGCAGUCGGAUCUCAUUUGCGAAUGGUGGACAAAAGUAAACUGUACUAACUCGCCAAACUUAUAUGAUGAAAGUGCUGAAAAGUGGCAAAACCAAGCUCUAAAGCGUAAAGCAUCUAGAAGAGUUUUUCUGGAUGGUGAUAAUAAUCAUGGCGCAAUACUAAGAACUGAAGAAUUAUCGUCUGUAACUGCAAUAAAAAAUGGAAAACAAGUUGAUUUUAACGUUGAGAGACAUGAGGGUCGUGGUAGAGAAGAAAAACAAAGAAACAGACCAAGAGCGAAUGAUAACGAGGAUGAAUAUACUAAAUUUGAAAAUCGAAAUAAAAACUUUUAUUAUAAUUCUAACAACUAUGGAGAUCCAAAUGAAGAAGUAAAACCUAAAAGUAAGAGUAGGGUUACCUACAAUGUCAACAAUAAUUACAACUCAAAUCAAAAUAAUAACAAUAAUGGCGAUUUAAACCAGAAGGUUAAAUCUAAAAGUAAAAAUGGAGUUAACUACAAUCUGAACAAUAAUUAUAACUUAAAUCAAGAUAAUAACAAUAAGCAGGGAGAACCAAAUAAACUUAAUAAUAAUGCAGACAAAGUAUUUAUAUCAGCUGGAAGAGUAAAAACUCUUAGACACAAUCAUAGCCGUAAAAAUAUCAGAAAUGAUUCUAACAAAAUUAAACUUACCCUAAGUACAUCUAUAUCUUCAAGUGGACAGGCCAAUAAUCAACAUAAUUUAAAAACAAAUAAUCAACAUCAAGGUAAAAAUAUAAAACUUAUAGCGAGUAAUGUUGAUAAUCACGCAAACGUAGAAAGUAGAAAAUAUAUUAGAAAUGAGGAAGAAAAAAUAAAUAGAUCAAAUAUCCCUUCAAAUAGAGGUGGUUUUAAAUAUAACCAAAAUCCAGAUUACAUUCAAGGACUUACUAAUGUAAUAGGAUCUUCAAAUAAAAAUGCACAGAAAAUAGAGAAACCUUCACCUGUAUAUAAGAAGGAAGAAUUACGUAGUACUAUUCCGGAUCACGUUAACAACUAUUAUGCUUCUAGUACGCCUAUAGUCCCAAUUUUAUCGAAUGAUGAAGAUUUUAAAUUUCCAUUACACGAUAGCGAAAACCCUAAACAAUAUUACAGCAAAGUUGAUAUUCAAAAUAAAAACCAAGUAAAACAAGAAAGCACCGUACCAUUGACCAGAAAUGAUUUAUACUCCAAAAAAGUUGAAGCUGAUUUAAAUGAGGAGACCCAAAUUACAGAAGAAUCUUCUUCGUUUUUUAAAAGUCCUUUAAACACAAUUCAGGAUAGUUUAAAUAAAAUUUCCACACCAAAUCCAUAUCCUAAUCAUAGAACAACAUAUUCAGAUCUUAAAACCCCCGAUUAUUCCAGUACCAAGUUUUCCAAAACUAUAAACUCAGUUACUCCACAAUAUCUUACAACACAACCAAUAAAUAAUGGAAAACCCUUCGUUGGUAGUAGAGUUGGCACUUCUCUAUCUGGAAUGAAUGGGAUAAAUGUUAAUCCCACAGCUUCAUAUAGACCAACAACAUUACAAUCAUUUAAAGUAAAUACAGAAAAAUCUUCCGUAUAUAGUUCCAAAUCAACGUCAGGUCACCCCAGGAAAUAUGCAUUUAACCUUGGACAAACUGAAAAAUAUACUUCCCCCAGUACAACUCCUAUACCGUCGACAACAUACACUUUACCACGAACCAGCUAUUUUAAUGGUGAAAAAACUAGUCUUUCAGAAUUAACAUCUAAAGAUAUUUAUACUAAAACUCCACUAAGCCUUUUUGUCCCAGAUAAAUUUGACUUAGGUUUAAAUUCGUCAUCUUCACCCAAAAAAAUAAAUCAUGUUAAAUUUAACUUGGGGCUAGGCAAAGUUAAUGUAACCCAUGAUACAUCAGUAUCGGAGCCAAAACAACCUGUUGAUCACCAGAUUGUUUACGGUAACUUCCCUAAGAUUAUACGCACAACGACCUUGCCUUCUUUUGAUAUUAACCAAGGCGUCCAAAUUAAAUUUGAUAAAAACUCCAAUAAAGUCGCCAUUCAGCUGGCUAAAGCAGUCGCUAGCACGUCCUCUUUAGGAAGUGUAACACCUUCUACUACAAUAGACAAAUUCCCAGCGACUGUUUCCAGUACUCCUAACCCGUUAUCAAGUUCAAGCAGUGGAUUUACUUUAGGGGCUGAACCUAGUUCAUAUUAUGGUAGAAAUAUUGUACAAAAGCCUAGACCAUUUGAAAAGUAUAAUGAAAAUAAAUUUGGUUACAGUACUGCUAAUUUUAAUUCGGUAACUCCAACCUACCCAACUUACAAAAUAUCAAGUGCUAGUCCUUUUACUGUAGCUCCAACCCUUCCUACUACUGAAAAGGGUUCUGAUAUUUCUACCAAAGGAAAUUCUGUUUUUGAAAAUGUCGAUAACAUGAUAAGCGUUCUUAAGGAAAUCGUUAAAACAGAAGAGCAAAAUGAUUACGAAAACGAAACACCAAGACCUGGUUUGAUAGUACCUCCCUCAGUGGGCCCUCAGACCUUGCAUACUUUGGCUCAAUAUUUUGCUAAUGCUUUGGAUGGUAUAGCUGCCGAAAAAGAACGAAACGGAAAUACUGAAGUAAGUGCCGAAAUGGAAGAAAAAUAUGACUCUGCAAAAGAAAGUCUUACUGCCUUGCUUACAAAAAUGACCAUGGAGAAAUAUAAGGAUUUGUUUAAAAAAUAUAAUGAAACUAAAGUGGAAAUAAAUACUAAAAAUACAGACGAGAACAGUGAAUCUCUUCAUAUGGAGCAUUCAACCAAUUUCGUUGAAACACCCCAUAUAAGGCAGUUAGCUAGAAACUUUUCAUUAGCUUUAUCAUCAUAUUUGGACGAUCCAGUUACAUUUAGAAAGGAUUUAAAAGAACUUAGACCUACUGAACCUCCAUUAAUAAAUGACGUAGAAACCGCUACAGAAAAUGUUGCCGACGAGGAACUUCUAAACUUUUCUGAUGCGGACUCCAAGUCCAGUUAUCCACCAAUAUUCCCCACUGUACCCUCUGCUGUGCCGACUUGGGGUUACAUAUUAGCAUAUAAUAUUUCAAAAGAAAAUAACAAUAAUAAUAAUUAUGACAUUAAAAACUCUUUAAAUCCGGACUUACAAAGCGCUGAUAGUCAAUCAUUUGUACCUGGAUUUAAUAACAUAAACAGUGAUGUUAAAAAACGCAAAAACCUUACCACUGAUUUACCUCAAAAUCAUUGGACAUCAUCCCCAGAUGCUACAAAUUUACUUAAAACUACUUUUGGAUUAAAUCCAGUAUCCUUAAAUACACACUUUGGUACUACUGUAAGAUCCAUAGAUGAGAAUGAUAGCGACAGUUUUGAUACAAGUAAAGAUAAUGAAGAAAUCAAUGAAAGUAUUUCCGAAGAAAUCUUAAACAGCAAAGAACCGUUUUUACAUAAACCACAAAGCGAAAUCAACUACGAACUCAGACAACUUCCUUCACUUAAUCUAAACUCAACUCAAGUUCAUGGUAUACUUAUUGAUUUCAUGAACAACACAAAAUCAGAUAAUUUUAAUAGGUUGCAAAGAAUUUUACAGAAAUUAAACACUACUGAAGACGAGUUUUUGGUGAAAAUGAAGGAAAUUGAAAGCAAUCCACUUACAAAAAGGUUAAUUCUUCUUUUGAUUAGCGAAUGUGGGGCAAAUAUAAGCAACGGUUUUAGAAAUGAAGAAUUAAGCCCACUUUUAAACGUUCCUGAUGAGGAUCCUUCCCAUUUAAUAACCAGAAGUACAGCUGAAACCCCAAGAAUUAAAAAUAGCAAUAUUGCUGAUUUGGUAGAUCCAAAUAUAGCUGCAGAAGAUCAUGAUGCUAGAGCAUUACAACUAUUAAAUUCCUUAUAUUCCAUAGCCUCAAGAUUUGGUAAAUGAGAUUUAGGUUUAAGUUAAUUUAUAUUUAUGUGAAUAUGCUCAUUUAUCUUCCAAAAUUUAACUAUUGAAGGUUUAAUUUAUUUAUUUGUUAUCCUUCUCUUUUAUAAAAGAGUCAGUUAAGUUUUUGGUAAAGAUUUUUAGUAAUAAAGUGUGAAUGUUAUGGUUUGUAUUUUUGAUUGGGUGAUAUUAGUUAGCGCUUAUUUAAUUCUGCUUGCGAUUUGUACAUUUCCUAUUAAGAUUAAAUGGUGUAUUACAAUACAAAUCAUAGACUAAGGUAGUUUGUAGAUCUAUACUCAUAUUUUAAACGACUAUGUAUAUACAUUUG